UUUCUGAUCUUUCAUCUGUCCUCUCUCUCUCUCUCUCUCUCCCCUUGGCAGACCAGACCAACUCGCCGCGGCACCGUCCCUCCUACCCACCCACCCACCGUGGUCUCCUCCGCCCGGCUCCCGCCGCCGCUCCCGCCCAUUGGCUCCCGCCAUGGACGCCGCAGGGUACCCACACAUGCAGGGGAGCGGGUCCGCCGCCUCCUCGUCCUGCCGCGCCGCCGACUAUUCCGCCGGGUGGGACUCCGCGCAGCAGCAGAAGCGCCAGCGCUGCCAGGGUUCUUCUUCUAAUGAUCAAGUUGGAUCUAGCACAGAGAAUAAUUCUCUUGAAGCACCUGGAUCUGAGCUAAAAUAUGACUAUGGAAAAAAUGAGGAAGAAGAUUACUAUUUUGAAGAUGAAGAUGAUGGGUGCUAUGAUGAGGAUGAUGAGGGAUCUGACUAUGAGCUUGAGACUGCUGACUAUAAUCAACUGCUAGCUGAUAAAUUUGAUCAUUUAGACCUGCCUCCAGGUGUGGAGGCUGCAGUACCAUGGUUGCAGAAAGUUGAAAGGGAUGGGCCUGGAAAAUUCAAGUCAAUGUCAGAAAUAGAGGAGGAAAUUGCAAAGAAGUAUAAUUUUUUCAAGCAGUUUGAUACCGUUGAGGACUUUAUAGAUCAUAAGUAUGCUAAAAUUUCUGUCGGAAAUGCAAGGAAAGAAUGGGCAAAAAGAAUCCAGCAUGAAUGGAGUCUCCUGGAGAAAGAUUUACCAGCAUUAAUAUAUGUCCGUGCCUCGGAAAAUCGAAUGGACCUUCUCAGGGCUGUAAUGAUUGGGCCUCAAGGAACUCCCUACCAUGAUGGCCUUUUCUUCUUUGAUGCCCACUUCCCCCCUUCUUAUCCUGCUAUUCCCCCAGUGGUACAUUAUCAUGCAGGUGGGCUAAGGCUUAAUCCAAAUCUAUAUGCUUGUGGAAAAGUCUGUCUUAGCCUCCUAGGGACCUGGCAGGGUCAAUCUUGUGAGAAAUGGAACCCAGCACAAUCAACAAUGCUUCAGGUGCUAAUCUCCAUUCAAGCUCUUGUAUUGAAUGAGAAGCCAUUCUAUAAUGAGCCUGGAUAUGAACGCUAUGCCAAUAGUGCUGAGGGACUGGCUUAUGCCUUGGACUAUAAUGAUACAGCAUUUCAGUACUCAUGCAGGACAAUGUUAUACUCACUUCGUAAACCUCCACAGCACUUUGAAGACCUUGUCGCGGGCCACUUCCGUGAACGCGGCCAUGCCAUUUUGGCUGCAUGCAAAUACUACAUGGAGGGCCAUGAAGUUGGAUCCAAAGUCCCAGAGGAGGACGAGGAUACCAAAGGGUGUCAAAAUGGGGAAGGAUCCAGCAGUAGCACCACGGCAAAGCCGCAACAAAAUAAGCCUGCAUUGCGCACCAAUCGCAAUCGCAAUGCAUCCUUCAAAACCAACCUGGGGGUUCUGUUUGAGGAGCUCUUGAUGGAGUUCAAUGUGAAGGGUGCCAACACUGCAAGAUUCCGUGCGGAGAAAUUGAAGAACCAGCUGGCAGCUGCUUGAACUGAAUGGGCCUGGCAGUAGAAUUCUGCUAACUUUUGAGGUUUCUAUAAUGGAUUGGGAAACCUAAGGGGUGUUUUUUCGCUUUUGGCUGACCAUAGGAAUGCUAUGUAGAUAGCUUUUUAAGUUAGCGGUAUAUGUCCUGUGUGAAGUUAAACCGAGAACAGUGGACGGUCUUAGAUCCUAGUAAAUGAAGCAUCCACCCCAAAUUGUGGUGUGAUCUGAAAUUGGCAUCUAUAUAAAUCGUCUUCCGUUAUUUUCC